UGAAUUUAUUUUACAGGGCUUGAGGUUGUAAUCAAAAUAAAUUUCUUAAUCCAAUCAUCAUGUCAAGUUCCUUGGAGGACAGAUAUCGCGAGCACCGAGAGAAGGUCCAGGCAGACAGGCUUGCUCUAGAAAAGGAGCUCAUAUCCUGUGGAGGGGAAGACGUCCUGCUGACGAAGCAGCGCAGGGACGUGUUACUUCUGCAGCCCUCGGAUCUCCUGCUGCAGCUCAGAAAGGGAGAGUUGUCUGCCGUGACAGUCCUGCAGUCCUACCAGUCAAAGGCUCUUGACUUGGCAAGGAGCUUUAACUGCAUAACAGAGUUCAUCCCUGACGCAAAGGCAUGGGCCGAGUCUCUAGACAAGCUGGCCCCAGACGAGAGACGUGCUCUUCACGGGCUUCCCGUCAGCGUCAAAGACAACGUCAUGGUCAAGGGCUUGGACUGCACGCUGGGGCUGCUCAAGAAGGUGGGUCAGCCCGCCCCUAUGGACGCAGAUGUCGUCGCGGUCCUCAAGGAACUCGGGGCCGUGCCCUUCGUGAAGACCAACACGUCGCAGCUUUGUAUCAGCAUUGGCUGCUCGAACCCUCUGUGGGGCGCUGCACGACAUCCGCUCAACGCAGCGAGGACCCCUGGUGGCUCCUCUGGUGGGGUGGUCGACUAG